GCUCUGCGAGCCGAAUCAUGGAUCACACUGACAAUGAGUUACAAGGCACUAAUAGUUCUGGAUCCUUGGGUGGUCUCGAUGUUCGCAGACGAAUUCCUAUAAAGCUCAUCUCCAAACAAGCAAACAAAGCCAAACCUGCACCUCGAACUCAAAGGACUAUAAACAGGAUGCCUGCAAAGGCUCUGCCUGGUGAUGAAGGUAAUUUAUUUAAACUAAGAGCCUCAAUAGUCAAUUUCUGUUUUAUUCCUUGCAAACAUGUUUUUUGCUAUGAUUGUGCUAUUUUACAUGAAAAAAAAGGAGAUAAAAUGUGUCCAGGCUGUAGUGAUCCUGUGCAGAGAAUUGAGCAGUGUACACGAGGUUCUCUCUUCAUGUGUAGCAUUGUUCAAGGGUGCAAGAGAACGUAUUUGUCUCAGAGAGACUUACAGGCUCAUAUCAACCAUCGCCAUAUGAGAGCUGGAAAACCUGUUACCUGUGCUUCACUUGAAAAUGUUCAUCCUCCUAUUGCCCCACCACCAACUGAAAUCCCUGAUCGUUUUAUAAUGCCACCAGACAAGCACCAUAUGAGCCAUAUUCCGCCAAAGCAGCACAUCAUGAUGCCACCACCUCCUUUGCAGCACGUGCCACAUGAGCACUAUAAUCAGCCACAUGAGGAUAUUCGUGCUCCUCCAGCAGAAUUGUCCAUGGCUCCACCUCCACCUCGUUCAGUCAGUCAGGAAACCUUUCGUAUUUCAACAAGAAAACACAGCAAUUUAAUAACUGUCCCUAUUCAGGAUGACUCAAAUUCAGGUGCUAGAGAACCACCUCCUCCUGCCCCGGCACCUGCCCACCAUCAUCCUGAAUAUCAGGGCCAACCAGUGGUAUCGCACCCUCAUCAUAUUAUGCCUCCACAGCAACAUUAUGCACCACCCCCACCUCCUCCACCACCAAUAAGCCAUCCAAUGCCACAUCCUCCCCAGGCUGCAGGUACUCCUCACUUGGUGUAUAGCCAAGCUCCACCUCCACCAAUGACCUCUGCUCCACCACCAAUAACCCCUCCCCCUGGACAUAUGAUUGCCCAGAUGCCACCUUAUAUGAAUCAUCCUCCUCCAGGACCUCCCCCACCUCAGCAUGGCGGUCCACCUGUAACUGCACCCCCUCCUCACCAUUACAAUCCCAGCUCUUUACCCCAGUUCACUGAAGAUCAAGGAACUCUGAGUCCUCCAUUUACACAGCCAGGGGGCAUGAGUCCUGGUAUAUGGCCUGCACCAAGAGGCCCACCUCCUCCUCCACGAAUGCAGGGCCCGCCUUCUCAAACCCCACUUCCUGGACCACUUCAUCCAGAUCAGACAAGAUACAGACCGUAUUACCAAUGAUAAUAGUGGUUUGAACUGAAGAUGUGAUAAGGAAAAAACCUUAUGUAUAGUCAAUCUUUUAAUUAAGCUUUGACUUUUGGGAAGGAAAAGUACCUCUUACGAAGGUGGCUGUAAAUCACAUAGGGUCUUAUCUCUUAAAGUGGUUUUAAAUCUUGACCUUAGGAUUGAUUUCAAGUACUAUACUGUAAUGCAGAUAAGUGGCUCAGUUGAGCACAGCUAUAUUUUAACAAUUUUGUUCCCCUAGAGUGGUAAAUUGACCCAGAGGUGACCAUUUGUAAAAGAUUUGAAAAAACUUUUCAUUGUUCCACUUUCAAAAGUAUUGCUUUUGUUAAACCCAAUGUUUAGUUUUUCUUGUGAUACAUUUUGUUAACCUGUGUAAAAGGAUUAAAUUUCAAUAUGACUGUAAAAAAUGCUAUUUUUAUGUGACUUUAAGUGCAGCCACAUACUGUUUUUAAAAACCAUAUGUUUUACCACUAAUUUCCCAAAGUCACAAUAAAAUCCUAAAAGUAAAAAUCUACUAGAAUUUGCUAUAAGGCAGACUGUUAAAUGAUAGACAAUUAUUUCACAUUUUAGGCACUGAAAUUUUAAGGUAUAAUAAGUAUACAAUGCACUUCACAUGGAUGCCUUGUCAUUUUUAGGCAGCCUCAGGAGCACCAAAAUACAUUGGAAUUCCAGUACUGAGAUGUAUUUAUGUUUAUAAUAUUAAAAGGUGUUACUAAUUAUUUGGAAAGAUAGGGCCAAAGUAAUCCACUCUACAGGCUUCAAGUUGGUGGGGGGAUGCUGUUACUCAUUAAUGCUUUUUUACUGAAUGGUUGGAAUCACACGAUGCACCACACAUACUAAUCUUCAAUAACGUUAUUUUAUAGGACUGUUUAAAUGGUGUUAUUUAGAUAAAUUGUGUUCUACUCUGUUCAUUGUCUUAAACUAAAUAUUUAGGGCUGAAUAGGCUUUAUAUAAUUCCUAUUUAAGUGGGCUCUUGUUUAUUGAAUUGUAAACUAUGGUUUGAAUGCCAUGGAGGAAUUUGAAUAAUCAAUUAAUGAAGGACAUAUUCUUGUAAUCACAAACUUGCAUUUGCUCAGGUUUCAUUGCUGUGUGAUAGGAUUUUUCCUCUAACUUGAAAUUUAAAAACUAUUAUUCCCUAAUCCUUUUGUUGGCAAAGCAGUCUAAACUUGGAACAUUUUAGCAUGGAGUCAACAGUAAAGACGACCAGGUAAUUUUGUAUUGGACAAGAGAGAAGUCAUGGCUAAAUUGUGAAUUUCAGUGCUUUAUACGGUGCCUUUAGAGUCAGCUUUUGCAUUAUAGGGGCUUAUGAUAGUCCAGCUAAGAUGACCACUUACAGUUUAUACAGAAUUCAUAUGUAUAAAUCAACCUUCUUAGGAUAUUAUUCUAUAUCCUUUGAAUAAAUCCCUGUGAAGUUUUUCCUCCCCCCUAAAAUGGUGCAUAAUAUAAACAUGAAAUGUGUAGUAUGCAGAUAUCAUUUAUUAGAUAGUUUAUAGUGUAUAAAUUUAGAACAUUUCUUUUUGACAAAGGAUGAACUGAUUACUAAUUUACCAUUUUAUUCUGUCAGGUACAGGCAAAACAAAUUCCCAUCUUGGAUGAUCAGAUGCAAAAUCAUUUCUGAACUUAGAGCAGAAGUUAGAAAUAAUAUAAAUGGCCAUUUCAAGCUUGACUGGCUAACGAUAACCAAUACACUUUUUUCUUCUAAGUUAAGCAAGUGAUUUUUUUUACACUUAGUUUGAAAGUCCAGUGUUAAUGCAAUAUUUCUAGUGAGAAAUGCUUGUUAUUAAAAGCAUGGGAGUGAAAUAGUGUGAAAUAAUUGGUGGUGAGUGCUUCUAUCAUAUUACUGUAGGUACUUGGACUGGUGCAAACUUGAUUCCUUUUCACAUCCCUGUUAAGGGGCUGUUAAAAUAUUACUGUUAAAAAUCCAAACCAUUCUUUUUUGUGUGUAAUAAAAUAGCUAAAUUCAUUUUAAAGCAUCUCAAUUAUCUAUGAAGACCCCUCAUGCUUUUACUGAAAUUCACUAGAGCUGAAUGUGGUAAGAAACCACUUAGCCUAUGUAUUGGACAAAAAAGUCAGUAUCAUGAUAAAAUUUCAUGUUAAGAGAAACCUUGUAGGCUUUUUAAAAAAUGAUUUAUUUUCAAUUAGAUGUAAGAAAUGUUAUAAGGGAGGCAGAUCAGAUGAAUGUCUUGUCCCAGACAAAAUUUUUAAAGAGUGUUAGACUUGAAUUCAUCAGUUACAAUUGUUUGAAUGAGGGUGGGUGGGUAGAAGGAUAAUAAAAUUACUGUUAGUGUUUCUUUUCUUAAGGAAAAAGAUGUGAAUCCCAGUCUUAUUUCAGGGAAGCCUUUGAAGCUAUGAUGGACAUAAGUCUAAAUUAAAUGUAUGUAUGUUUCAUUAUAUUGCUCUUAAGACUACUGAGGUGGCAGUUUAAUUCUUAAAAAAAAAAUAAAAUGGAAACAUAAAUACUA